AUGGAAUUGGUCACAGAGGCAGUUAACUCUUCAGAGUGGAGCAUCUGUCAACAUCUGAAAUAUAAACAACAUAAGAAAUACUGGUGCUGUGAGCGUGUAACAGCAUUCAAUUACUGCACGAUUAUGGCAUAUGCCAACAAUACAAACAAGAAAGUGACAGUAACUGAUAACCCAGCUCAGACUCUCUUUACUGUCACUGUGAGGGAUCUACAGGAGAGAAACACUGGAGCAUAUUGGUGUGCAGUGGAGAUUUCAGGAAUAUUUCAACCAGAUGUCAAAACACAGCUAUAUAUCACUGUGAAAUCAGCUCCUGCUGUGUCUGUGACCAAGAGCAGAGUGAGUGGAGAGGAGGGGAGCAGCGUCAGUGUCCAGUGUCUCUACAGCGCUGCAUAUAAGAAAGAGGCGAAGAAGUGGUGCAGAUCUAUAGACUGGACCUGCUACACAGUGGGGAGGACCAACACAUCCCAGAAUUCAGCAGUGCAGAUCAGUGAUGAUGGGAAAGGCACCUUCACGGUGUUGAUGACUGGACUGAAGAAGACUGAUGCUGGCUGGUACUGGUGCUCCACUGGAGGUCUAGAAGUUCCUGUUCACUUUGACGUCACUGAUGCACUUGCAGAAGAGCGUGGUCUGGGGGCAGAGGUGGAGGAGUCACACGGGAUUACGUCUGACCAUAAUGACUGGUAUAACUAUUUCCAGUCCUCGGAGUCGGACACCGCGGACUUUUCCUGUACCAGGGUGAGGCCAUCACUCAUCCUGUCUUCGCUCCAUGGGAUCACAACAGAGCAGGGACCUGCUGGGUACUACGGAGACCUACCUAUUUAUGAGGACAGGUACUUGGAGGUGGAAUCCGCAGAGUCCUACAUGGACCUUACAGAGGGAUAUGCGGAGUAUGGCGAGCGAGGGGAGUGCCGUAACGUCACCCUAGAGUCAGACUUGGGGUCGGAUCAUGAGGAGGACCCGUCGAUGGAGGUGGAGGAGGUACCUCAGGGGAAUCUAGGCGCUCUGGAGUCAGCAAGCAGCCCUGGGUGA